AUGGAUCCACAGAACAUGUCUCCUUCUCGGAUAGCACAGCUAAGUCCCCUGACGCUUGAUUCUCUUCCUGUACAUAAGUUGUCAUUCUCUACUCAAUCAUCAAGUACAAAUGUUCAUAGUGAAACAGAGCUAGUGAAGAGCCCAAUGGAUUCAAACGGAAAAAAAAAAAGAACAGUGACGUUCGGUGAAAUGGAUAUUACUGAACUGAACUACCACGCCACAAAGACUCCUCCAGAAGAGAAAAAACGUUGGAAACGGCAAGCUAUACGAAGAAAAAUUGAAGCGAAAGAAUACCGCAGACGGCUGCAAAUGGGUAUACUCAAAGGAUGCGUCAUAUUUCUCUUCUUUACACUAUGCUCUAUAAUAGUCCUUUUUGCUACUGCACAAGGAACCCAUAUCAAAAUCUAA